UAUGCUUCAAGCAAAGAUCAAUAACAAUAGCUUAAGAAUCAUACAUAUUCAUAGUGAAGUGACCAUGAAAUCGCCUGUUGCUCUUAUCCUGCUCUUUUCACUUGCCCUUUACACAAGCAGCACUGAUGCAAGAAAAGACCGCGGAGAAUACUGGAGAGCUGUGAUGAAAGAUGAGCCAAUGCCUGAAGCAAUCAAACAUCUUAUGCCUCAACAUUCAGUUCCUCUCUCCAAAGAGAGAACUGAUUGUUAUACAUCAUCUUCUCUUGAAAGUGAAGCCUUUGAACCAAAGCCUAUUCUAUCUGUCUAUUACGACGAUACCAAGCUGAAAGAAGCUGAGAAAUCAUUAUUUACGAAAGAUUUCGAGCCAAGGCCUAGUGCAACUGGUUAUCAUAAAGAUGCCGCUGGUCUUAAACAAGAAAAGUCCUUUGCCGAAGAUUUUGAGCCUAGGCCAAAUGUUUCGGUGUACCAUGAUUGAUGUUUCAUAUAAUGAGUACUCUGUAUUUCCCGCUUUUAUGAAUUUACAUUUUGUAUGGCUCUUAAUAUUAAGUAACUUAUGAAAUAAAGAUUUGUAACCAUACUUGAUGGUUGUACUGAAGUUUUUCUUAACUUUA